AGUUGUUGCGUGGCAUCUGUGACAGGCACACCACGCCGGGCUCACUCCGCACCUUGAUUGUGCACUCAUCCCGUUUCCCCGCAGGAGCUCAACACUGCACAGAGACACUGAUUCGUCUCAAAUGUGAGAUCCGAUGAGAGAAAUGUGAACGUGAAUUAGUGCUACGCUUUUUGUUUUUAUGUUUGUUUUUCCCCCCUUGUUAUGUGUUGGGAGAUUUUACUAUCGUUUCUGAUUUAAUUUCGACUCUCCCUUAGUUCAUAUAUAAAAAUGAUAAAGGGCCAAUAGAGAAAAAAAAAAGAGAGAGAAAGGGAAAAAUUAAGAAAGGACAAGAGGCGUGCUUUAUCACCACCAGUGCUGCUUGGGUGUACAAACUCUACGCGAUCUGUUGUAUCACCAGAAGACCGGACGCGUCAAGUUAUCAGGUCUGGCUUGACGGUUGCCUACGCGGACGAUAGAUUGAGAAGACAGCUGACAGGUCGCUCGAUAGAUUUCCAGGAACCAGAGGCAUGACUCCCGGCCGCCCUGUGACCCGUUGCUGAGGCGUGGAGACUGUCACAGAGCCGGGGGUCACACACACACACACGCACGCGCACACACAGGCCGCCGACAACUCCCAGAGUCUGCAAGUACAAGGCCAUAGAACCAUGUUGCACCGCCCUCGCUGCACCUUGCAAUAAGCCAUGUUAGACGCGGGCCAGGCAUCUCCGUAGACAGCAAUGAAAGGCGGAGAGACAGCGGCGUGCAGAAAGCCAUGCAACAGAGGCACCGGCAGGGAGAGGAGGUGUGCAUAGGCCUAUAUUCCGCGCCGAUGAAAGUGGCAGGGGAGGCGAACAUGAAAUAGUGUCGUUGUGUGUACGAGACUCUCGCCCUUGUGCCGAGGUGGAAUAAAGGCGAAAUAACGAUGGUUGGGUCCCCGCCAUGGGAUGUGGACGAAGCACACUUGGCAGCGAUAGUCCAAAGAAGAGAAAAAAGAAAGACCUGUGUUUAUGUUUGGCAGAGGCGGAUGGCGAGUGCGAGAGCGACAGUGAUUCCGGGAGCAACAGCAGCAGCAGAAAACAGCAGCACGGGCCGCAGCAGCAGCAAUUGAUCAACAAAUUUGUCCCUUUCGGAGCCGGAGGCCCGCUGCUGGCGCAGGCGAAGAUCUCGGACAGCCAGCAAGAUUUCUUCAUGAUGCUGGACGAGAAAAUUGAAAAUGGACCAGAUUACGACUCAGAGACCGAAGAGGUGGACCGUCGCCGCCGCCUUCAGGAGUACGCCGAGCAGUGGAUGGUCCUGACGCAGGGCAGGAUACUCAGCCCCAACAACACCACCAUGCUGAGAGUCGCCCCUGGCAAAGCCGGUUCCUCGUUCCCCGGUGACGACGCCAGCGGCUCCGGCGACCUGACGGAGGAGGACGAGGAGGAGGACGGCCUCAGCGAGCCGGAGCGGAUCCCCGACGAGGCCGUACGCGAGCAGUACAUGUUCAUGGGGAACCUCUACACCCUGACGCACAUCCGCACUGACUCAGACAAGACGGAGCCGGUGGUGGACGUUGUGGCGGCGGAGCCCAGCGGGGAGGAGACGCAGGUGGAGCACAUUGAGCUGGACCACAAGCUCAAUGGCUCGGCUGUUCCCGAAGAACCCGAGAACCCUCCGGAGGAAGAGCCUGGCGAGGAGACGGACGGCAAGGCGCCCUCCUCCAGGCCGGUCUCAAGGCCGACGUCGAGACCCGCUUCCCUAAUCCUUAGGUCAGUCUUCCCCUCCGACGUCGCGCAGGAAUGACCCGGAGGAUGUCGAGGAACCGUCUGAAGAAGACUCCACAGAAGGACGUCGAAGGGACCUAUAGUUUCAGAAUACGUAGUACGUGGAAGGAAAACGUUCUGUAAACGUUCUGUCUCUGCCUUCUCAAAAGCAAGUGAAUAUAUUAUGGUUUGAUUUACUGUUGAUUUUCUUCUUUUUAUUUGGUCGACUUGUGGCCCAUGCUGGUGUAAUAAAGUAAUAAGAUUACAGCAAGUAUGGCAGAUCACAUUACCUGGUCUCUAAAUACCCAGUGUUAAAAGCCCGGCAAAAAGGCUUUCCAUUAAGUUCAUUGUUAUGCCAUAAACGUCAGGCCACAAUGUUACAAUGGUGUUGGACUAAAGACUUAUUGUAACUCGGUAGAGGCUUCGUUCAGGAUAUUCUGACAGACUGCAGAAUGAUACUGUGGCAUGGCUGACGGGAAAUUCUCCAAAUGAAUGGGACCUCAGAAUUACUGUGUACUUCGCAUGUUUGACGCAAUUAUUAUCUGGAAAUAGAAGCCCAUGAUGAGCGACAGGUGCAUGGAUCGGUGCAUGAUCACUUCUGCAACAUAUGCUGCAUUCUGUUUUACAUUCAUACUUCAAGUAAGCCAUGUAGUUCUACUGAAGCAAAUCCUGGCAUGUGGCCCAACGCUAAACCAAAAUAGUUUUAUGGAAAAAGUAAUAGUAUUCUUUAGGUUGGCAUAUUAGAGUACCAUAAUAUCAGUCUGGGAUGCUAGAUUCUCCAAAGAAUGACUGGACAAUUCCUUCUUUUUUGUCUUAUCUCUCUUUCUCUUAUUCGUGCCCUGCUAAACACAGAUUCUAUGGUAUUUGUUCUUGUAAAAAAAGUAUUAAAAAAAAAAAGGAAUAAAUCAAUAAAUUGCUUCUUAGUCUUAUGUUAGGCACCGAUUUUUAAAAA